UGUGACUAAACCAUACUGUACCAGAUUCCUCUCUCUCUCUCUCUCUCUCUCUCUCUCUAUGCUCUUUCAGUCUCCGUUCGUCAUUUCAAUAUCAAGCCUCGCCAUCUCUGCGAAAUCUUUGUAUCCCAUAAAAGCCUCUGAGACGCUCAGGUUCUAUUUUUUGUGGCCAACUCUUUCGCAUUCAUUGCUUUCAGUUUCAGCCCGUUGGGGUUUCGUUAAUGGGUUUUCUUUUAUGAGCCCCAACCACUCUUACACUCUGGCUCUGCUGCUUUUCUAGCUCACCCUGCUAUGAAAACAACUAUGUCAACAAUUACUUGUCUCUGUUUUUGGCUCUGAGCUCUGUUUUAUGCGAACCUCAUAGUUUUACUCUGAAACAAAGUUCAACGAUUUCCUCGCAUUUUCGCUAUCUGGGUCUUGUCUACAUCUUCAAAACCAAGUCUUCCUCAAGUGGGUUUUUCGAUUGCUGCAAAACCCUCAUAUGCUUUUGGGAGCCGUAACGAGGUUAUGUUUGGUUACCAAGAAAAUGAGCGUAAUUUCAUGAGCUGGGUCCCAAAAAUUUCCGUCUAAAAUGGGUGGUGCAAACUCUAAAACCGAGAAGGACGAAGCUCUUCGUCUCUGCAGAGAGCGCAAGAGAUUCAUCAAGCAAGCAAUUGAUUCAAGGUAUGCUUUAGCAGCUUCUCAUGUAUCUUACAUCAACUCCCUUAGAAACAUUGGCAUUGCGCUUCGGCGAUACGCCGAGGCUGAGGUGUUGAUAGAGUCGUCUCUGUCAACAUCAGACAAGACCCCAUCACACUCCUCCUACCCUUCACCAUCGCCAUCGCCUAUGGCUGAGGCUUCUGACUCGCCUAUGCACAGUGAGAGACCCAUUUCGCCUCCUGUGGCGACUCUGAGUUAUAUGAGGUCAGGAGGUGGUGCUGCUGUGACUGUAAGGUUCAAUCCGCUUAGUAGUAGUUAUAUGGAUGACGAUAUUCCGUUGCCACCACCACCACCUCCUCUGCCUGAGGAAGAUUCGUCUUGGGAUUAUUUUGAUCCUGUUGAUGAGAGUGAGAGCUUUAGGUUUGUGGGAAAUAGUGGAGUGGAUGUGAAUUUUGAUGAUAUCAGAGGGUGGAGACAGGUGAGGGGUGAAGAAACUAAUCAUAGUGUGGUGGAGGAGACAAGGAGAUGGGCAAAAGUUGGAUUAGAUGGAAGUAAUGAACAUCAUGAAGGAAGUGAAAGGCUGAUAAUCGAGCAAAGGGCUUCCGAAGGUUCUGGUCAUUCGAUGACUCAAAAUGAUAGUGUAGAGCAUAAUGGCAAUUUGAUGAACUCGGGAGGAGUUGAUGGGUCUCUGCAAGCAGGUCAUGGUGAAGCGAGACAGUUAAACAUGGGACGUAAUGCCAAUGGGGCAGCUAGAAAUUUGACAGGCCAAGUUGCACUUGAGCAGUCUGGUUCGAAGAGAAGGGAGAAAGAUUUAUGUGCAGAAAGAGAGGACCCUUCAGAGUUUAUCACCCACAGAGCUAAAGAUUUUCUUUCAAGCAUAAAGGAUAUUGAGCAUCGCUUUUUCAGAGCUGCAGAAUCAGGUAGAGAGGUCUCCAGGAUGCUUGAGUCAAACAAAAUCAGGGUUGGAUAUUCAGAGGCAAAAGGUAGGUCAUCAGCUUUGGCUGUUGUCACUGCUUUCCAGAUCAUUUUCUGCCGUGGAAAGACUGCACUUGUUUCUCAAGAACCUACUCAACAUGCAACGAAAGUUAUUACCUGGAAGAGGACAACAUCUUCGAGGUCAUCUUCGUCAAGGAAUGCUCUUGCCACAGCAUCAAAAGAUGAUGUUGAUGACAGUGGAAGUGAUUUUGUUGAAGAGUUUUGCAUGAUUGCUGGAAGUCAUUCCUCCACUCUGGAGAGACUAUAUGCUUGGGAAAGAAAACUCUAUGACGAAGUAAAGGUACUUUGUUGA